AUGAUAGGCCAAAUUAAACAUGUUUCAUGUCGUUCUCGGUCAAUUUUGUUCAAAGUUCUUGCCGAUACUUUAGGUCUUGAUGGUAGGCUCAUGGUGGUUUUACCUAGAGGAGUAACGGAACGAGCAGAUUCAUUUAAGCAAAUGUCCAUAGUUGUUUUGAAUUCUGUAGAACUCCUGGUUGAUCUUGUGCAUUUUCUGGGCAAGCUGAUACGAAGCUCUGCAGCGGCACUUUUUCUCACUCGUCUCUACUGCCGGAAGAAAGUCAUUGCUGAACAAAGGACAGCCAGUUCAAGUCCCGAGCAUUAUUUCUUUCGAGGACAUGGGGGAUCUUUGCUUUGUGGUUGCAGAGUUUCCUCCGGAGAGGACUACAAUGACCUCAAUGCAUCAAGAGUAGGACUAAGUACCUUCUUUUGGAUAAGUGCAUCUUUGACAUCUGCGACUGGAAAAAAUGUGUCUGCUGGUACAUAUCCCAUGGAUGCCUGUAUGCGAAGACGGAGUUGUAUUAGCAUGAUACCAGAGAUUGGUGAUGAUACUGGGCCUGUCGAACGAUGA